CAAAUAUAAAGCUAAAUAUAAGUUACUGUUCGAUGCGCGUGAGUGUCCGUUGAGUGAGGAGGCUCCGGUUUGUGGAUGAUCCGGACACUUUAGCGACAAUCCGCGUGGUAAUAAGUGGAGAAUAACGAAAGACUAAAUGAUGUGUAGAGAAAGCUUGCGUCCAUGCCCUGUCACAACUCCGAGCCCAGGGUGCACAUGGUGUGCAGCUGCUUCGCUCUCUCACACCUCCCCUCGAUGGAACUAAAUGAACUUUGACCUCCCAGUUUGACAGCUGAGUGCCUUUGGUGUAUUAGAGGGGAGCGAGGGGGUAGAAACAUCUCCAGGAUCCCUAAAUGGCUCUGGACAACGUCCCCCUCCUCCUGUACAUCCUUGCCCUGAAGACGCUGCUGUUGUGUUUGGCGUUUGCCGGAGUGAAGAUCUACCAGAGUAAUAAAGUGGACAAGCAGCUGAAGAAGCAGGAGGAGGAGAAGAAGAGGCUUGCCCAGCAGACCCAGGAGCUCAUAGACAACAAGAAGGACGACUGAGCAGGACAGAGGUGAACAUGCUGUGGACUUGAUGGAGGGGCCACCUGCUCCACAUGUGAGCACGAUGUCUGGUUGGCUACAGGAGGAUCUUCUGGUAUCAUUUAGGGGUUGUUUUUUUGGUAUGAAAUAAAAUGGUAGCAGAAACCAUGCGGUCUCGGUGAGGGACGUAUUGGUCUAUUUUGUACAGAGAUGAACUCCACAGCAGGCUCAGCAUCCACUUUUCAUUUCACAAACACCCACUCCUUUCUGGGCCUCGUUUAUACUCCGGUCUAUCUCAACCUUUUACAUAAGCUUCACUUUUUUUACACAAGAAUAGUGGACGGCAGUCGGGUCUUUCUUAAGAAUACAGCACAGUAUUUAUUCUGUAAUAUUCCUUGUGGAUUGUGAAUCAACUUUGUGUCAUACUUUUGUAAUUAUAUUAAAAUAGUUUGUUCCUGACGUUA